GACUGAGCACAGCAACACCGGCAGAGAGUCAGUGAUCCCCAGCUGAUCUCAGUGUCGGGGGGCAUCUUCGCUCUGAUUUCCACCCGAGAGGCAAUUCAACCUGUGAACACCGUCUUCCCUCCUUCACAAGGUUUGGACAGUGAGCCUGGUGAAAGGUCAUGACCACGUUAAGGAGGAAGCUGGUGGUGGUUGGCGAUGGUGGCUGUGGUAAGACCAGCCUGUUGUUUGUCCUGAGCAAAGACGAGUUCCCCGAAGGUUAUGUCCCUACCAUCUUCGACACCUACGUGGCGGAUAUCAUGGUUGAUGAGAGGUUGGUGGAGCUGGCGCUGUGGGACACGGCUGGUCAGGAGGACUAUGACCGCCUACGGCCCCUGUCCUACCCUGACACCGACGUCAUCCUCAUCUGCUUCUCCGUGGACAGCCCCGACUCGCUGAGGAACAUUCCGGACAAGUGGAUGCCCGAGGUCAGGCACUUCUGCCCCGGUGUGCCAGUGGUACUGGCGGGUAACAAGAAGGACCUGAGGAGUGACCAGCGAGUGUGGAAGGAGCUGGCCCGGAGCAAGAAGGAGCCUAUCCGGUGGGAAGAGGGCCAGGCCGUGGCUGAGAGGAUCGGGGCCUACCAUUACCUGGAAUGCUCAGCCAAGACCAAGGAAGGCGUCUGGGAGGUGUUUGAAACCGCCACCAGGGCCACCUUGAAAGCCUCGAGGAUGGGAUGUUUCAGCUGCCGGUGCUCCCUGCUUUAAGACAAACUCCCUGAAACCGGCCAACAAUCCAGCAACGUGUCUGAGCAGCAACACGGCUCUAACCGAGGGGUGGGGGGAGAAAUAUAGAUCGC